AACACUCAUAAAUACGUUAUAACUCACAGUCCGACUUCGGCCAGUGAGAGGGACGCGCAUCUAUUUAUAAUUAGAGGAUUAAUUGUCUCAGGUUUUUUUCCGGUAUCAAUCAUGGCUGAAGAUUCAAAAGCGAAGGUAGAACAUAAUCCAAAGAUCCUAUCUGGGCCUGUAUUGAUUAACUCACCCAAUGCGGCCCUUUCAAAGAGUUUGCUGAGUCGUUAUCAGAACAUAGUAUUGUUCAAUGAAGGUGAUACUAGGCUCAUUGCGACCUAUGUCUGGAUCGACGGGACAGGGGAACACAUCAGGUGCAAAGACAGGACACUCAACUUUCAUCCUCGAGCUCCUACUGAAUUACCAGUAUGGAAUUUUGACGGAAGCUCCACUUUACAAGCUGAUAGAAAAAAUGCAGAUACUCACUUGGUGCCUCGAACCAUCUACAAAGAUCCCUUCAGGCAAGAACCGCAUAUUCUGGUCAUGUGUGACACUUAUAAAUACAAUAUGGAGCCCACAGAAACAAACUAUCGAGUAAACUGCCAAGCUGCGUACGAGAAAUGCACAAAAGAGGAGCCAUGGUUCGGGAUUGAACAAGAGUACAUUCUCCUGGACGCAGACCUGCGCCCCUUCGGAUGGCCUCCUGGCGGCUGCCCACCCCCUCAGGGACCUUACUACUGCGGCGUCGGGGCCAACAAAGUGUUCGCUAGGGAUCUCGUUCAAGCGCACUACUUGUGCUGCCUUUACGCCGGUAUCCCGCUCGCCGGUACCAACGCGGAAGCGAUGGCUUCUCAAUGGGAGUUCCAAGUGGGACCAGCGGUUGGUGUGAAAGCAGCGGACGACCUUUGGAUGGCGCGUUUCAUACUUCAUCGCUUGGCUGAAGAGUUUGGGAUUAUUGUGUCUUUUGAUCCUAAACCUGUUGAGGACUGGAACGGAUCUGGAGCGCACGUGAACUUCUCAACAAAGGCUAUGCGAGCUGAAAACGGCAUUGUUGAAAUCGAGAAGGCCAUAGACAAGCUGUCCAAGGUGCACAUGAAGCACAUCAAGGUGUACGAUCCUCGCGGAGGCAAAGAUAACGAGCGCCGUCUCACCGGUCUGCACGAGACCGCCAGGAUUAACGAGUUCACUUCGGGUGUUGCUAACAGGAGUUGCAGCAUUAGGAUUCCAAGGAAGUGUGCUGAAGAAUCGUGCGGUUACCUUGAAGACCGGCGACCCGCUUCCAAUUGCGACCCUUACGCAGUCAUAGACGCAUUGUUACGUACUUGCAUUCUCAACGAGUAAGAAUAAAACAAUAAUCGACAUUUGUCGAAUUGCUAUUGUACUCAGUACAUAACCGAUUAGUUAAAUACCAAUUUAAAAGUUUCUGGGUAAAAAAAAUCCUGCUUUGCAUCUGAUUAAAUGUCUUAAGUAACUCUUAAUAAGCUACUCUGUGGCUUUUAAUGUGUUUUUUUAUAAAAUGCAUGUGGUUUUAGCUAGUAGAUAAAUGUUUAAGU